CGAGAGGGCGCCUUCGGGUGCCCCAGCGAGCGAGCGAGCGAGCAAAGCAGGCGCCUCCUUCCUCGCACGCUUGUGACGCGUGGCGCUCGCCCCGCCUCCAGCCCAGCUCGCUUAUAAAUACUCGGCUUGAGGCCCUCCUUCCUCUUCUUUUGCCAUCUUCUUUGCAGCUGGGGCUUCUUUCGUUGGUUCUGCUUCUUGCGGUAGCUUGUGGGUCUCUCUCUCUCUCUCUGGCCACUCAGUUGUCUCCUCUCUUCCCGAGUCUCUGUCCCUUUCUUCCACACGGUCUCCUUCGUUUUCGGCACUUGCGUCCCCUAAUCUCGGCGCAACUUUGCGCUCUUUCGCCGGUCGCUUCUGCAGCCUAUGGCCCUGGAAGGCGCCGUUGCCGCCUCCCAUAUUUCUGCUGUAGGUUCCCACAUCACUCUUUAAAAAUUCCGCCUAAAAAGAGAAGACGAUUUACCAAAUCUUUCGGGCCGUUGUCCCACGGCAAGCUCUCUGACCAGGUUUACAACUAUCCAGAGGGUUUAGGAGAAGUGCUUUAUCGAGAACAGUUCGACUUCAACGCUGAGCCACCUUGGGAACCUAGCUGAUGAUAGUAGGGUUCCAUCUCCUAACUUGUCCAUUUUGUUGCAUAAUUUAAGAACCCAGCUCUAAGGCUUUGGCUUUGUGGCUCAUCCCUUGUGCUUCUUGGUUUAUGACUGUCGGCUUUGCGGAAUACGGCUGAGAUGAAAGGAUUUCUUGAGGACGCAAACUACUCCAUUGGCUUACUGGAUGAAGGAGUACAUGUUGGAGAUGUCAUUGACAGCUGCAUUUAUGAACAUACUCUUACUGGAAAAAAUGCAUUUUUUGUUGGUGAUCUGGGAAAACUGAUAAAGCAGCACAUCCGUUGGCAGAAUGUGAUGGCACCAAUAAAACCAUUUUACAAUGUGAAGUGUAACUCCACCCCAGGCAUACUUGAGAUACUGGCAGCUCUUGGUACUGGAUUUGCUUGUUCAAAUAAAACUGAAAUGACAUUGGUUCAAGACUUGGGCAUUUCUCCUGAAAACAUUAUAUACACAAGUCCUUGCAAACAAGCUUCUCAGAUAAAAUAUGCAGCAAAAAUUGGAGUUAAUAUUUUGACAUGCGACAGUGAACUAGAAUUAAAGAAAAUUGCUAGAAAUCACCCAAAUGCAAAGCUCUUGCUUCAUAUUGCCACAGAAGAUAAUAAUGGAGAUGAAGAGAUGAACAUGACGUUUGGUACCUCCCUGAAGAACUGUCGGCAUCUUAUGGAAUGUGCAAAGGAACUGAAUGUCCAAAUAAUUGGUGUUAAAUUUCAUGUGUCAAACUCUUGCAAGGAACCUCAAGUAUACAAACAUGCUAUUUCUGAUGCUCGCUGUGUGUUUGACAUGGCUGAAGAAUUUGGUUUUACUAUGAACAUGUUGAACAUUGGUGGUGGUUUCACAGAUUAUGAACUUGAUCUAGAAAAGGUUAAUCAUGUUGUCAGUCCAUUGCUUGAUACCUAUUUUCCUGAAGAGUCUGGUGUAAAUGUGAUUGCAGAGCCUGGAUGCUAUUAUGUUUCAUCUGCAUUUACUCUUGCAGUUAAUAUAAUUGCAAAGAAAACUAUUCAAUCAGCUGAACCUCUUCUCUCUAAAUUGAAACAAACCCAGAGUGAUGGGCAAGCCUUCAUAUACUACAUGAAUGAUGGUAUUUAUGGUUCAUUUGCAAGCAAGUUAUCUGAGAAUUUGACUACUAUUCCCGAGGUUCACAAGAAAUACAAGGAAGAUGAGCCUCUAUUUGCAAGUAGCCUUUGGGGUCCAUCCUGUGAUGAGCUUGAUCAAAUUGUGGAAAACUGUCUUCUUCCUGAGCUGAGCAUUGGAGACUGGUUGCUGUUUGACAAUAUGGGUUCUGGUACUUUGGGUGAACAGUCUGCCUUUAAUGACCUCCAAAGGCCUCCGAUUUACUACGUAAUGUCAGUCAGUAGCUGGUAUGAAAUGCAAGAUGCUGGGUUCACCUCUGACACACUGAUGAAGAAUAUCUUCUUUGUGCCUUCAUGCGUUCAGCUGAGCCCUGAAAACAGUUUUUCCAUUGCAGCUUAAACAGGCAUUACUGCUUCAUUUUAGCCUUGCAGUUGCAUGUCUGUAGUCUUGUCUGGUCACAGCAUUCCAGUUUGGAAGAAAAAUGGAACAAUCUUGAAUGAAUUUCUGAAACUUGAAAUUAAUUGGGACCAGGCAAAACCAGCUACAACUACAAUUCUCUGGGGGAGAAGGGUUAAAUAAUAAUUAAAAUUUUAAACAUGUAAAAUAAUGCAAUCCCUCAGCAUCUAAAUAAAAUAUGCAACAAAAUGGAUGACUUAGUUGAGAUGGAAACCCAUCACUUGGGUUCUCUGUUAAACAGUUUACAUACAAGUACAGUUUUUAUACUAAGGAUUUCUGUUAGAAAGUCUUGUAAAGUUGUCUUUUCCCCCAGAUAUAUGAAAUGUCAAGGGGGAAUCAAGUGUGACUUCAUUAGCUAUGUUUAGUGUAUUUAGAAUGUGUAAAUUUGUGCUUUGAACUGUAGUUUAAUAAAUGUAAAAUUGCAUCAUAGUAUUUGUUGUAUUUCACCCUUGCCGUACCAAUCCUUGUUGAUUGCAAUAAAAGUCCCCAUGCCCACCCCCUGCCACUAACACAGGGAAGAUGUCUAAGAAGCAAUGAGAGUUUAGGUAUAGAAAGAUGUAAGGUAAUUUAUUCAAAGUGCUUCACGUGUGAAAUUGAUAGAACAUUAGAUCAUGCUUAAAACUAAGCUGAAAAGCACUAAAUUCAAAGUUGAAGUGCAGUCCAUGGAUACCAUUAAGCACCUGAUUUAAACAUUUUAACAUCAAAAUGUUCAAACAUUUGAACUAAGAAGCAAUCCACAAAGUUAAAUUUGUAUAGUACUUAAACAGUGGAUUGUCUGCUGCUGUUUGUUAGUGGAAACAGUGAUUAUAUGGAUGCUUGUGAGUAAGAUCCAUUCAACUCACAGGAGCUUACCUUCAAAAUGAAGAUGUAUAUCAUAAAGCUGCAAGUCUCUCACUUAGAAGAAUAGCUGUGGUUCCCAGUCUUGGCUGCCAAUCCAACUCUGUAUAGAGUAUUCACUUAAACUGUAUUCAUAUCAUAUCAGCUAGGUUUAGCAAGCAAACAUUGAAGGUUAUACUCACUGUUACUUAGAUGCUACCAUCCUCUGAUUGCUCCUUUUUAUUUAUUUUGCUUACCUUAUACAGUAGUCUUGGAAAGUGUUUUUUAAAUUACCAUGCCAGAAUUAAUUUGGAAAUGGACAUUAGUAUUCCUAAAAUAAUUGUGUGAUGAGGAAUGGGCUGCCAGGUACAAGUUUUUUUUAAUGCUAGUGCCAGUUGGCACAAAGUAGUUUUGGUUCAGUGGCCAGAGUCCUGUUGUGUAGCAUAAAUUCAAAAUUGCAUAACUGAUAUGCAUGAUUGUUCUAGCUAGCUGUUGCAUGUUGGGGCAUAAUGAAGUAAUACACCCAGGUGUGCAACAGAGGGCCAGAAAAUUGUGAAUGCCACUUGUGCUUCAUAGAAUUUUACAAUAGGAUUUUGGCCAGUGGAAUUAAAAUACAUUGUUGAUAGAUGAAGGAGAAAGGGAAUAUUUCCUUCAGCCCGCUCACACUAAAAUAACAGGUACUAUAUUUGAAACGAUUUUCACAUGUGUGUAUGGUGUGUAUUAAUAAAUCUAAUAACCAUGAGCAAAAAACUAUGGCUUGAGCAUUAAAGCACAAAUGAAAAUUGCAAGCUGUUUAGUUUUCCCUACAAUUUUAGACAAAAAUAAACCAGUCUUCAGAAUUUUGACCAGUAUCUGUUGGGUCCAUCAGACAAGAAAAUGGGGAGCAACUGUCAUAUCAAUCCCCAGGCCUUACAAAAAUGUCCAGAAAUCUGCUACAAAGUUUUUAGAACUAUGUGAGUUUAACCAACUCUUGUUGUAAAUGGUACAGUCACCUUGGAAAUGUCUGUAUUGUAUUUGACAGUUUGCCAUAAAAAUUGGUUUGAACUUGG